CAGGCGCGCCCCCGCGGCCGGGAGAAGAGGCUGGAGGAAGAUGGAGACUGCAGCAGGAGCAGCAACAGCAGCAGCAACAGCAGCUUAUGGAGCCGGCAAGGCUGGCGGAGCCUUCGACCCCCUCACCUUCAUCAGGCAGCCGCAGACCAUCGUCAGGGCUGUCAGCUGGAUUUUCUCGAUUGUUGUGUUUGGAUCGAUCGUGAACGAGGGGUAUGUGAACCGUCCGAACGAGAUCGAGGAGCACUGCAUCUUCAACCGUAACGCUAACGCCUGUAACUACGGCAUCACCAUUGGCACGCUGGCCUUCUUCGGCUGCCUGGCCUUCCUCACCCUCGACGCCUACUUCCCGCAGAUCAGCAGCGUCAAGGACCGCAAAAAAGCCGUCCUGGGGGACAUCGGAUUUUCGGCCUGCUGGUCCUUCCUGUGGUUCGUCAGCUUCUGUUUCCUCACCAACCAGUGGCAGGUGACCAACCUGGCGGAGGACAACCCGCUGAAGGAAGGGGCGGACGCGGCCCGUGCUGCCAUCACCUUCUCCUUCUUCUCAAUCUUCACCUGGGCGGGCCAAGCGUUCCUUGGCUACCAGCGGUACCGCCUGGGUGCCGACUCAGCGCUCUUCUCCCAGGACUACACCGACCCGAACCUGGACGCCUCGGUGCCCUACGUUUCCGGCGACGAGAUGGAACCGCCCGGGUCCUACCAGCAGCCGCUGUCGGGCGGCGCCUACACCAGCGGGGCCGACGGCUACCAGUCGCAGGGCUACUGAGCGGGGGGAGGGGCCGAGGCUGCCCACACAACCCCCACCAUCCAUCCCCCAGUGGGGCAGCUACACACUUUACUGGGCAACUCUGCAUCCCAGCCCGAGGCGGCUUGUGGCCAUCAGCGUGUCUCGACUAGACCCAGGCAGGUAGUCCUCAUCUCCUCGUGGAUCAGUCACGGACAUCAGAGAGUCAACAAACCCCUGGGCUCUCGACCGCUUGAUAAUACCUGGGUCAGCUGAUCAGUGGUGGGUGGGAGACAUAUCACAAUUAUAUUUAUAUGUAUGUAUGUAUAUGUACCCAUACAUACACAUAUACAUGCAUACAUACAAUUACACACACAUACAUAUAUACACACGUAUACAUGAGUAGGAACUGCAGAUGCUGGUUUAAACCGAAGAUAAGACACAAGAAGCUGGAGUAACUCAGCGAGUCAGGCAGCAUCUUUGGAGAGAAGGAAUGGGUGACACUUCAGGUUGAAUCCCUACCUUGGAAGACAGUAGGAAGAAGGGUCUCGACGCAAAACGUCACCCAUUCCUUCGUUCCAGAGAUGCUGCCCUGUCCUGCUGAGUUACUCCAGCGUUUUUGUGUCUAUAAACAUGUACAUAUGUGUUUGUGUAGGUGUGUGCGUGUAUAUAAUGUGUGUGUGUGUGUGUAUAUAUAUAUAUUAUAUAUGUAUGUGUGUGUAGGAAGGAACUGCAGAUGCUCCAGCAUUUUGUGUGUAUCUUAUUUGUACGUGUGUUGCUUUGAGCCAGUUAAAGUGGUACCCCUCACUCACCUCCCCUCAGUAACUCCCCAGUGACACAGUUUCCCCAUCCCCUCUACAGCCCCCCACUCCCCUCCCCUCCACACAGACACGCCCACCCAUCCAUUGCUUUGUGUAUGUGAGGGGGGUUUCAAUUCCUCCCCACCCCAUUAUUUCCUCCUUCCCCCCC